AUAGGUAGCUUUCGGGUGACUCACAUCCAGCACAGCCCAUGGGGGGAUCCUCUAUGCAGUCGGGUCGAACAGGCGACUCGCAUGCCACAGGCCCUUGGUCGCCGCCUUAUCGCGUGGCACCCUCUGGGCGGUGCCGCGGUGGGCGUGGCAGCACUUGCAGGCUGCAGCUUUCUCUCAAGAAAUAUUCCGCGAUCCCCAGUAUCCGUACGCGAUUUCGACCAUGGCCCAGCUUCUUUACCCGUCGGCGUUAAAUUAUGCCACGGCCCCUUUUGCGAGCCAUGCUCCCCGCUGGCGCAGCUGCUUCCCUUUCUACCCCUCAUCUCUCGCCCUGGUAUCCCUUCCCUACCCUUUCUCGACCCCUUCCAAGUGACAGUGACAUGAAUGCCCGAACCCGGAGGUGCGGACGAAAUUCAUGCGAAGGGCAAGCCAACCUGGUCGUGGAAAAUCCGGGAACCCACAACUGCCAGCAACGAACACUAAACAGUGAGAAGUGUGGGAACU